UCGCCCGGGACACCCGCCGCGACACCGACACCGACACGGGCCGCCGCCGCCGCGCCAUGGCGCUCGCAAGGCAAGUGCUUUGUGUGUGUGCUUUGCUGGGGCUGCCGCUCGCUGGCGCCGAGCCCAUCCGCUACUCCGUAGCCGAGGAGGCGGAAAGCGGCUCCCUGGUGGGCGAGCUGGCCGAGGACGCGGGGCUGACGCCGGCGCAGCUCUCGGCUCGCCGCGCCCGCCUGGUCUCGGAGGACGGCCGCCAGCAUUUUCGCUUGGAGGGCGCCUCCGGCCGCCUCGUCGUGGCGGGGAGGCUGGACCGGGAGCAGCUGUGCGCCCAGUCCGACACCUGCAUGCUCCCCUUCGAGCUGCUGCUCUCCGAUCCCCUGCAGUUCUUUCGGGUCGAGGUGACUGUGAAGGAUAUCAAUGAUCAUUCACCCGUUUUUCGAGAAGAUCGAGUCAAUUUUAGGAUCCCUGAAACGAGCGAGCCAGGUUCACGUUUCCCACUAGAGUUGGCUCGGGAUCUCGAUAUUGGCAGCAACACAGUCCAGGAGUACAAUAUGUCUCCCAAGAACGAGUACUUCAGUGUCUCCUAUGGGAGUAGCAUUAAAGGCAAGAAGUCUCUUGAACUUGUUUUGGAAAAACCAUUAGACAGAGAGGAACAUGCAGAGAUGGGUUUCAGUGUUAUUGCUGUAGAUGGGGGCUCUCCUCCCAGGAGUGGAACCAUCGAGAUAUCUGUUAUAAUUCUAGAUGCAAAUGACAAUGCUCCCAUAUUCACUCAGGAGGAGUACAUUGCUAAGGUUUUGGAGAACAUGCCAGAGGGCUCUGUGAUUCUGACUUUAUGGGCAACUGAUCCCGAUGCAGGAGUUAAUGGGGACAUCUCCUAUCAACUCAGUGAAGUAGUGGGUCAGAGCGAUUCUGCAUUUGUGAUUGAUCCAAUAACUGGUGAAAUUAAACUGACAAAAACUCUGGAUUUUGAGGCAGCACAAAUGCAUGAACUGACUGUGCGAGCCACAGAUGGAGGAGGGCUGUCAGCAAUCAGCAAGGUGUUGGUGGAGGUGGUGGAUGUGAAUGACAAUGCCCCAGAGCUGGUGGUCAGUUCCUUCAGCAGUCCCCUCCCCGAGAACACAGUGCCCGGCACGGUGGUUGCCCUGUUUACAGUCAGGGACCGGGAUUCUGGUGCCAACGGGAAGAUCUCCUGUGCCCUGCAGGAUCAGCUCUUCUUCUCCCUGCGGCCAGCCUACAAGAAUUACUAUGAGCUGGUGACAGUGAGCGCGCUGGACCGCGAGGAGACGCCUCAGUACAUCCUCAGUGUGACGGCAGCAGAUGCGGGCUCGCCUCCUCUCACCAGCAUGCACACCUUCACCGUGGACAUCUCCGACGUCAAUGACAAUGCCCCCGUCUUCAACCAGACCUCCUACACCAUGUACGUGCGUGAGAACAACGUGCCCACGGUGUUUGUGGGAGCCGUGAGCGCUGCAGAUGCUGACGUGGGGCUGAAUGCCAAGGUGACCUAUUCCCUGGCAGCAGAGGAAGGGCCAGAGCGGGCCUGGUGCUCCUGCAUCUCGGUGAACUCGGAGAAGGGACACGUGUUUGUGCUGCGGCCCCUGGACUACGAGCGCUUGAGGCAGACCGAGGUGACGGUCAGUGCCUCUGACGCGGGCUCUCCUCCGCUGAGAGCCAACGUCACCGUGCGCCUGGUGGUGCUGGACGAGAACGACAACGCCCCGCUCGUGCUCUACCCGGCCCAGGAGAGCGGCCCGGCCUCCAGUGAGCUGGUGCCCGUGUCGGCUGAGGCGGGCUACCUCAUCAGCAAAGUGGUGGCCGUCGAUGUCGACUCGGGACAGAACUCGUGGCUCUCCUACCACCUGCUCAGGGCCACCGACCCAGGCCUGUUUUCCGUGGGCCUGCAAAGCGGCGAGGUGCGUCUCAGGAGGCCGGUGACAGAGAGAGACAGCGUCAAGCAGAAGCUGGUGGUGCUGGUCAGAGACAACGGCGAGCCCCCGCUGUCAGCCACGGCAGCUCUCAGCGCUCUCCUGCUCAAGGACUUCUCCGACGUGCGCCUCCCGCACAGCAGCCCGGCCAGCGAAGAUCAGGCCGCUGCCUCCCUGACCACCUAUGUAAUCAUUGCCUUGGUCUUUGUCUCCCUCCUCUUCCUCAUCUCCACAGCAGUGCUGCUGGCUCGCAAGGUGUGCAGGAGGAAGGAGCUGAAGGCUGGCCCUGUGCUCUAUGCUGCCGACACCUUGCAGAGCGGCCUGGCCGAUGCGGCCGCUGCAGGGACCCUGCCCCGCGCCUAUUGCUACGAGAUCAGCCUCACCACGGGCUCGGGCAACAGCGAGUUCAGAUUCCUCAAGCCCAUCCUGCCCAGCCUGCCCCCACAGCACUGCGCCGUGGGCCAGGGCCCCGGUGAGGAACAGGAUUUCCCCUGUGUCCCUGUCAGCAGUGAGGACAUGGCCCCAGACAAUGCUGGCACUCUCUCUGCAGGACAGUUCAAUGCUCUUUCCUUUGAUUAGCUGGGUCUGCACAGACAGAGGCUUCAUGGAUCUUCUGAAGUGAGGACUGGCCUGGGCGCAUGUGGUAAUGCUUCCUCCAUCGUAAAUAUGUAUUUAUUACUGGUUUAACUAACUUCCUGCAAAUUCUCUUUGGAAUAAUUUUAUACGACUCCAAAAAGCAAUGAAGGUUAUAAAAGAAAGCAAGGUUUUGUCAUUUAGUUUCUAAGGGGUUCCACCUUUGCUAUUGCCUCUUCUAAUAAGCUUAUGUAUGUGUUUAGCUCUCAAACUAUGGUCUGCUUUCUCUUGCUGGCUGACAAGACAGAGGAUCUUUUUUUUCUGAUCUUUAAUGCAGUGUCACUGUUGGCCAAACCACUCAUACUCUCAUUAAAAUGUGAAAUAGAUUUUCCCAACUCUGGAAAACCAGGAAGUUUUGAGUCCGGUGUCACAAUGUCACAUGAAUACUGGGCCCUUUUUUACUUGGCUUCUGGAUUUCUCUUCAUGAGAUGUGAGCUCUGUCUGCUUUGCUUUCUUAUCACUCUGUUUGUCCAUGCAGACAACAUUGAAUAUCUGCAGAUGCUUCAGAAUUACUGUCUGCUGAAGCAGGGCCUUGCUCCCACCCAGCCACUGCAACACAGGUAGUGCCAGCUGAGCAGGGAAGCAGGUGACUUGGUCUCAUUGACAAGCACAGUCUCAUCUUCCUUAUCUUGCUCAGAGUAGAGCAGCAAAAUGCAGAACCAAAUCUUCCUUUGGCUUACAAGAAGGGCUUGGGUAUUCUGUCACUUCAGAAUUGCCUUGGAAAUACAGGAGCACAGAGGGUGUUAGGGUAAACUGUAACUGAACAGAGCUCAAGAAGCAUGUCCAUUGUCAUUGAAUGCAUUGAAGGAAAAUUUGCAAAUACUAAAACACUUAUUGGAAGGUUAAGUCAAUAAGAAAUUUUAGGAAAAUACAGUGAAAAUUGUCUUUUAAUUUCUGUUCCUAAAUCUCAAUGCUUUUUAAAGGGAAUGGAAACGUGUCUCUGUAUGAUCUUCUGUGCUUGUGUCAGAGUAUUUGCAUUCCUAUGGUUACUCUUUCUCCUCUGAAAUGUACUGAGCCUGUUUCACUAGGGGACUGCCACCGCAUCUAGAAUAACUGGUAGUUUGAAUGAUGUCUGUGAUGCAUGGAAUACUCAGAAAGCCUCCCUCACAUUGUGAUGUGCAGAAGUGAUGCAGUUUAAUACUGUAAAUUGCUAUAACUCUAAGCUUAGAAAUGGAAAAGGUUAGAAGGAAAUAAAGAGAACAUAGGUUGCUUUAGAGGAUACAGAAUACUUUGUACUCAAGUUAUUUCUGGGAAACCAUUGACAAGACUUCCAAAAUGCUGCCAGUUACUUUCUCACUGUGUCCCUUGAAUGAAGCAAUGUUGGGUGGCUAAAAUGCCUGUGUGUGGAGAUUCCGUGUUCAUUUGCAU